AUGGUCGACGACUGCUUUGUCACAAAGAUACUAUUAGCUCGGCCCCUACCGAAUCCUGAGGAUAUCAUUUAUAAUUGCAAGCGCAUACCUCUCCUAACAUCCACAUCGCAAUAUUUAUAUAAAGUACCUACCUAUUGCAAAAACUAUCCUUUGUUUCCCAGAUUGUACUCAAUCUACGCUGCAACUAUAUAUCCAUAUAUUUAUUAUUUGGCUCUGUUGUGCAGAUUACAUUCCUGUCUUCGCCUCGGGAUUGAGUUGAAUCUUAACGUUCCUAGUAGUAAGAUUAAUACUAGAUCGAUGCUUCCGACGACGGCGGCAUCCAUGAGUGAGCAGGAGUUCUAUCCAUUCAACUAUUUCAUCAUUUCCAAGUCAUCCUCCCAGACUCUAGGUCUCUCGGUGAAACUAAUGACGAGUUGUGGAGUUGCAAUAUUGGCAUCAUUUGACUUUGUGUCUAACCCGACGAAAGACUCGUUCUGGGUCAGGGUCGGGCAGACCGCUUCACCUACAUUAUAUGUAACGUAUAUGUUAGAUCAAUAA